CCUACACCCCCAAACCGCUUGCCCCUUUCCCUGGAGCGAAUCUCACCUCCCGAACCAACUCGGGCUCGCCGGCGGCUGAGAGAUGGAGCUGUCGUCUGCUUUCGAGGAGCGUGUCCGGCAGAUGGAGGACGCGCGCAACCACUGCAUGUCCCGCCUCCAAGCCGAGAAGGAGAUCCUGGCCGCCAAGUCCCGCCUCCUCGCCGCCAAGGUCGCCGCCGCCCGCCGCCUGGAGCGCCGCCGCCUCCUCCUCGAGCGCCGCUCCGCGGAUCUCGCCUCCCGCGCCCUCGCCGCCCGCGCCGGCAUCGAGGCCACCCACGCGCGCCGCCUCGCCGUCGCCCGCGACAUCAGCUCGACCAACGGCGAGAUCGAGGAGGCGCAGCGGAAGGCAGAGGAAUGGGACCGCUUCUACGAGUCCAAGAGGAAGGAGAUGGAGGAGUUCCGGGCAAUGUCGCAGCAGUUCGAGGCGGGGACUCGUCAGGAAGUGCAGAGGCUCAAGGCCUCUGUGUCUCAACUGCAGGCAGCCCUGCAGGAGCUGCAGAGCAGCGGGUUGCACUCGGACGACGCCGGGAUCGGGGCUGCGGAAGCCAGGAAGGCCGACCUCAUGGCUAAGAAGGCGAAGCUGGACGAGACCCUGGCUGCAGCCCGCCAGUUCAGAGCACUGCUUCGGCAGCAGCUCCAGAAAGCCUUCGCGUCACAGGUUAGGGAUCAAAAGGCAGCACAAAACUGACUAGUGUAUGUGGUACAAGCAAAACGACCUUCAUUAGCUAGCUCAAUCUCUACGGAUUAAGGAUGCAAGUGUCGCGGGCUAGCGGACAAUAACAUGGAACAAAUGUAGUGUUAAUUCUAGGCAAAUGUUGGGCAAAUUUUGAACUAAUGGAUGAGUUUCGUGGGAGGACGCGGUCUGCCACUUGCACCCUUACUACAGAUGAAACGAACUUUAAAUGUCUGCAGGCAGAUACAUGCUUUUUAUUUCAGUCUUGUUUAGAACACCGAAAUUCUCCGGAUUCCAAUCUUUGCCACUCGCUGUGCCAGCGGCGUGUGGGUCUGAGACCAAAUAUUUUAGAUACAUGUUGUAAUUCAAAUGCUAGAUGAUCAACUGCUAACCCAUCCUUGAGGCCACAGCAGCUUAGUGCUUCCUCGGCUUCUCUCUCUAGACUGGAUGGUGUAAUAGCAAGAUGUUUUCCUUGUUGCAUUGGUUCUUCUUGUUCUUACUUCCCUUGUCCUGGCAUAUGUAGGACAGGUUGUUUUCCCCAUUGCAAACCAAAAGUCGUCUGAAUUCUGAACAUAUCUUAUUUUCAUCAAUUCCAAGUAAGUUGGAUGUGCCUGAACAUACGUAGCUAGUGCUGCCAUUUUCUUCUUAAUGAACCCCAUUGGAGGUUCUCCCCUAUGCUUUUGUGAAUAUUCUAUUUGUGAUUACAUACAUUGGGUUUUCUCUUUUUAAUUGGCUUGCAUAAUGAAUUACACCAGGGUUAUUUACUCUUGACUUAUUAUGAUGUAUUCUCUAUGCAGGGAAUGCUUUCUGGCUUAUUUUCUUUCUUGCUAAUUUAGUUGCACUUAUUGCCAGUAGAACAAUGACAAUUGCUAUAUUUCAAUACCUAAAUCAGUCCAUUGGUUGCAUUCCUCGCCUCAAAAUUGUUAAUACGUCUUGAAAUUUUAUGGCCAAUAUAUGCAUUCCAGUCAUAAACUGGUUUCUGUUGGUUUCGUGUUUGUACUUUAUUGUGCUCUUUAGAAGCAAUGUCAGCAAUGCAUACGGCAAAUAAUAUUUUACUGCAUAUGCUAAUAUUUCACUUUAUCGUGCUCUUCAGAAGCAAAUCUUGAACAGCUUGGGGUGAUGAUAAUGGCGAUGAUGUAUGUUAAUUACAAUCCUAACACUUUAUAAGGGAGAGAAGUUUUUUUAACUUCAACUUUUCCAAUACAACCAUUGGAUCCAUCAUGAGUCGAUGGUACAUUUAGCUAAGAGUCCAUAACUUUGAUUUAGGCUGUUGCUAAUAUGGAUAUGUUUAUUUCUUGGUGGAAAGAAGGUAAUUGAACAGCGCAUCUACAAUAGGUGGUAUCUCCAAGUGAAACAACUAUGCGAGGGAGUGGUCAAUCGAUGACGGUCGCUGGACAUGGCGGCCUGCUUGAUUGAGUUAUUAGAUCAUAUUGUUGCAUUUCGGCAUGACAUUAUGUGAAAUAGAGAGCAUGUCAUUUGCUCACUGUAUUGUUUUUCUGAAAUUGGAGAAAGAAAGGUCCCCAGGGUGGCCUAACCAAACAUGACGGCCGGUCCGUUAAAGCAUGAUUUGCUAAUUUGUGGGCCUCUACAUUCGAAGUUCUAAACUCAUGUGAUAUAAUACAAGAACUAAAAACUCUAGACGAAUGCUCAAUUUCGAGCAC